AUGGAUCGACUCGUCUCCCUUACUCGUCGUACUACCCCUCGCCCACCAAUCUAUCCUUACGAUGCUCCCCCUUCCUCCUCACAUAGGAGAAUGUGGGUACCAGACCCAAUAGAAGGAUUCUCACCAUGCUGGAUCCGCUCUCAAUCAGGCGAUGAUAAGUCACCCGACGCUACCGCCGAAGUUCAGAUUUCAACGAGCAACGAGCUACGUACGGUACCGCUCUAUCAGCUCAGUCCGAUGAACCCUCCUCAAUUCGAUGGUGUAGAGGAUAUAGCGGAUCUGACGCAUUUGAACGAAGCUAGUGUGAUUAAUAAUUUGAGGAUGAGGUAUCAGAGUAAUAAUAUCUAUACUUAUUCUGGACUCUUCUUGAUAUCCCUCAAUCCCUAUCAACCGCUCCCUAUCUACACCCCCAAACAUAUCGCUCAGUAUCGGACGAGACGGAGAGAAGAGAACGCGCCUCAUAUAUAUGCAGUAGCCGAAAGAGCUUGGCAGCAGAUCGGCGAAGAGAGGGAAAGUCAGAGUAUCCUGAUUACUGGUGAAUCAGGUGCAGGUAAAACAGAAAAUACCAAAAAAGUCAUCCAGUACCUCGCAGCUAUAGCAGCUUCUCAAAUCCCCUCUGAUCCGACUUCAUCCUCAUCCUCUUCCUUGACACGCAGCAAGUCAAUUUCCAAAGCACCUUCGACUGGCUUACCUCGAUCAUCGUCAUUCAAAGGUAAAGAUGCAUCUGAGAUUGAUCUAUCUUCAUUGGCAAUAAGCGAACCUUCCUUGGGUUUAUUGGAACAACAGAUCCUCCAGGCGAAUCCAAUAUUGGAAGCGUUUGGUAAUGCCCAGACCAUGAGGAAUAACAACUCAAGUAGAUUUGGUAAAUUCAUUAGGAUAUUCUUUUCACCCUCUGGUGCUAUCGCGGGAGCGAAUAUAGAUUGGUACCUUCUGGAGAAGAGUAGAGUUACAGCUAGAGCGGAGGGAGAACGGAGUUUCCAUGUUUUCUAUCAAUUGCUGAAAGGUGCAAAAGAAGCGAAAUUGGCUGAUCGAUUGCUGCUUGACGGAGGCCCUGAGAAAUUUGAGUUCCUGAAGAAGACCAGAUUACAAAUUGACGGGGUGAAUGACCAUACGGAAUGGCGAUUGUUAAAGGAAGCAUUAGCUGUCGUUGGCUUUACCGAAACCGAGCAAUUCGAAUUAUUCCGUAUACCAGCUGUCAUCCUACAUAUCGGGAACCUACUGUUGACUGGCUCAGCAACCGAUCAAGCGUUCUUACCACCUGCAAUGCAACCGGUUGCAGAUCGAAUAUGUCACCUUUUAGGUAUAUCCGUUAAAGAGUUUACGAAAUCCGUCCUACAGCCUAAAGUGAGAGCUGGUAGAGAAUGGGUCACAAAUGCACGAACGAAGAAGCAGGCCGAAGAUGAGUUAGCGGCAUUGUGUAAAUUCAUGUACGAGAAGACCUUUGGCUGGAUGGUAGAGAGAAUUAACACGGCUCUGGAUAGGCCAAGUGCCAAAUCGUUAUCAAUCGGUGUGUUGGAUAUUGCUGGUUUCGAAAUUUUCGUCGAGAACAGUUAUGAACAGCUUUUGAUCAACUUUACCAAUGAGAAGCUGCAACAGUUCUUCAACUUCCACAUGUUCACCUUGGAGCAAGAAGAGUACGCUCGAGAAGGUAUCGAAUGGGACUAUGUCAACUUUGGAUUAGACCUUCAGCCGACGAUCGAACUGAUCGAAUCCACCCAACCCAUUGGUAUGCUAUCCCUUCUUGACGAAGAAUGUAUCAUGCCCCGAGCCACCGAUCUCACGUUUACCGAAAAGGUACAGCAGCUAUGGGAAACUCCCAAAGGAGCCACUCCCAAACACCCUGGAUCGUCGAAAUUCAAAGCUACCAGAUUCGGAGCAGGUUUCGUCAUCAAGCAUUACGCUGGUGAUGUGGAAUACCGAACUCAAGGAUGGCUGGAGAAGAACAAAGAUCCCAUAAACGAAGCUGUUGCGAGAUUAUUGGCGACCUCGGAAAUCCCUUCGAUCGCUACGCUGUUCUCUGAGUAUGCGGAAGAUGCUGCCACUGUAGGAGUAGUCAAGAAAGUCAAACGAGGUGCUUUCCGAACUGUUGGUCAAAGACACAAGGAACAGCUCGGUCAGCUCAUGCAACAGCUUUCCAGCACUCAGCCGCACUUCGUCAGAUGUAUCGUACCAAACUCGGAUAAACAGCCUGGAAAAGUCAACGUAAACCUCGUUUUAGAUCAACUCAGAUGUAAUGGUGUACUGGAAGGUAUCCGUAUUGCAAGAUUGGGUUAUCCCAACCGACAUUCAUUCGCAGAGUUCAGACAACGAUACGAAGUGCUUACUCCUGGCGUCAUACCUAAAGGAUAUAUGGAUGGUCGAAAAGCCGCUGAACGUAUAGCCGAAGCUUUAGACUUGGAUAAGCAAUUCUAUAAGAUUGGUGCAACCAAGAUUUUCUUUAAAGCUGGUAUUUUAGCUGAACUGGAAGAAAGAAGGGAUAAUCUCCUUACGGACCUAUUCAGGCGAUUCCAAUCAGCUGCUAGGAUGCAUGUAGCCCGACGAAGGAUCCUCAAAUUGAUCAAUCGAGCUCAAGCUGUUCGUACGAUACAACGAAAUGCCAGAGUGUACCUACAACUGAAAGAUUGGCCGUGGUGGGGAUUAUACGUCAAAGUACGACCAUUGCUAGCGGCCACUCGGACGGAUGACGAGCUGGUUCGUAAACAGGCUGAAUUAGCUAUGGCUAAAGAGAGAGCGGAGCGCGAUGAAAUGGAAAAGAAGAAAUUGGAAGAACUAAAAUCUUCACUGGUAGCUGAAAAGACCAAAGUUGAAGGUGAUCUUUCAUCCGAGAGGGAGUUGGGUAGAGAGAAAGAUAGGAUGUUGGAAAGGUCCAAAGCUAGAGAAGCAGAGUUGGAAGAGAAGAUUAAAGAGUUGGAAGGUGAUAUAGACCUUCUAGAUUCGGAAAGGGAAAAGGCAUCUACCCAAGCGGAUUUGACUAAAGAGAAAUUAUCCAAAGUCCAAGCUGAUUUCGAAGCGUUAGUGGAACAAGCUGCUAUGUUAGAGAAACAAGGUUCGAUAUGGCAAAAGCGUGAAGCGGAAUUAUUGAAGGACUCCAAAGAACGAUCAAAUGUCUAUUCGAAAUUGGAAAAAGACAAAGUGGAAUUGCAGAAUAAGGUUGAAGAUCUGAAGAGGGAAGUUACACAAAAAGAAGAAGCGCUGAAAAGAGCGAAAGAUCGAGCGGAAGCGAAUUUGAUGGAGAUGGAAAAGCGAUUACGGCUGGAGAAGGGCAAAGCUGAAUCCGGUAAUAGUCAAGCAACAGCUCUGAGCGAAGAUCUGCGAAGAGCCAAAAGUCAAAUGGACGAACUUCAAUCCACCAUUCAACGACAUACCACUUCCGUCGAGGCUAAACAACGUGAAUUGUCAGAACUGAAAACCAAACAGAGGGAAUCUGACAAAGCGCGAGAAACUUCGGAGCAAGCAUUGGCAGCUCUUAAUGUGAAGGUGGAAAGCAUGAAAUCUCAAAUUGCCGCUAAAGAUAAAGAGAAACAAGCUGAAGUAUCCGCUCGGCAGAAACUCGAAAAAGAAUUAGAUGAUUUGCGAAAAGUCAUGGCUGCUAGAUCGUCGGAAGAUUCCAAGAGACAAGAAGCUGAUAAAUCGAGAGAACAAGAGAUGUCAAGGUUACGAGAUCAGGUUUCCCAACUCCAGAAAUCGCUGGAUGAUCAACGUGAAGCUGCUCAACAGCUUGCCAAUAAGCUUAGAGUCGAUGUAGAAGGGUUGAAGAAUAGUCAUACCAAUGCUCAAAGGGAUCUGAAGCUUGCUCAGAAUGCUUUGAAAGAGAAAGAAGAGAAAUUAGCUGCUAUGCAAGUCAAGAUCAACGAGGUGGAAGAGCAUAGGAGAAAGGAUGAGAAGGAAUUGGAGAUGGUGAGAGAACAGUUGAGUGGAACAGAGAGUAGACUUCAGAGUAUCGCUCAGGCCAGGGAUGACAUCGAAAAACACCUUCACGCCCUACAAGACGAAUAUAACGGGUUGGAAGAUGCUGUGCUCGAGAUUGAAGGUGAAAAAGCAAACUGGGCCAAAUCGUUGGACAACAUCACCCGACAAUUACACGAGGAAUCUUCCAAACGACAUCAUUUCGAACAAGAAAUUCACAACAACCAAGUCGAAUUGGCUGAACAUCGAAAUACCGCUUUACAAGCUGAACGAGCUCUAGCAAAGGCAGCAGCAGAUAUCAAAGCUCGUGAUAAAGAGAUUGAUUUCUUACGUGGUCGAGAGAACAAGACUGUGGUCGAACAUUAUCACGUACUUGAAAAAGCUAAGAAAUUCACUGAUCAACAAUUGGCUGAACAGAUCAAGGAGAAUGAUCGACUGAAUACCCUAUUGAAGAGUCUUGAAACCCAUCGGAAUAGGUUGAAUGCCGAUCUGGAAGAUCUAGCUAGACAAUAUGAUAAGCUCAAAGCAUCGAAAUCUAAAGAAGCUAGAUCGGCCAGAGCAUCUCUAUCACCCGAAGAUAAAGAUUUGACUCAAUUGCUGGAAGAAGAAAAGAAAGCUAGAAGAGUUUUGGAAUCUCGGAUCAAUUCUUUAGAAAAAGAUUUACAGGAUCAGAGGAAACAAGCUUCCACUGCUUCUCUAUCUGCUUCGUCUGCCAGAGGGUUGGAGGCAAAAUAUCGUCAGUCACAAGAUGAUUUAUCGAGAUUGGAGAUCGAACAUCAAAAUACCCUGGAACAGAAUCAGAGAUUACAGAAUCAGAUAAACGAAUUACAGAAAGCUGUAUCUGCCGCUUCUUCUAGACCACUCCCUACACCUACACCAUCUACACCGUCGAACUCGAAUUUGCGAAGAGAAGACUUGUUAAGGGGAUUACAGCAGUCCCAUGAUGCGCUACGAGGUGAUAUGUCCGAUCAGUUAAGGAGACUGAACGAAGCUUCCGCUACGCCUUUGACUCCCUCGAAGAGAACAUCAGUCAUCAAUUCCAAUGGAACUCCUACACAUGGUCAUAGUCAGUCGCAUUCGACAGCCGGGCAAGAUUUGAUAUCUGGUAAAAAGAUCAAAGCUUUAGAGAUGGAGGUGGACGCGCUGAAACGGCAAUUGGAGGAUGAACAGGAUGAGAAGGAUUUCUUGAUUGAACAGAUGGAUAAGAUGCAGAGUGAGAGUGGGAUCACUCCUGGGAAGGAUGGUAAACUUUUCCCUUACGAACAAGCUGUAUAUUCCCAUUUCAGAUUGAAAGCAAAGAGUCUGAGGUCACAACUUGAUCACUGGCUAGCAAUGGAAGAUCUCAACAACUCAACACCAGGAUCAAACCUCACGCCGAGUGUAUCAGCGAGUGCUCCACGUACGGAGGAUGUGGUUCAGCUCAAGCAUCUCUUACAGCAGUUUGAUCCUGAAACUUCCCUCUAA